AUGGCGUAUCACAACUACCUCGGUGCACAACUGCACCACCCGCCAGCACAUCAGUCCCAUCUUCGCCGCCACCAUUGGCACUGUGCCGCGGACGCCGCUGCGGCCAUGGACCCGCAGCCCCAGCCCAAGGCCCAAGCUGCCCCAGCCACGGACAAGGACCAGUUUCGUGCCAAGGGUGCUGGACGCCGCCAGAAGGCUGCAAGGUGCAGCCUGGUGCUAGCUGAUGAUGAUGGCGAUGAGGACUACGACCCGGAGGGCGGAUCGCGGUCCUCUAGCGAUGAGGAUGAGCCCACCUUAGAUGCUGACACCCCUGAGAAGCUUCACUGUCAAGUGUGGCCACAGUCGCUCAGAGUUGACCAGAAAGAACGUGCUGUGAGAGAGCGACGAUGCCUUACACUGCAGAAGAACACAGCCAAGCCGCCCACCGGCCGCGCGCCAGCGGCACUCCACGCCGCCCACGACGAAACCGCGCGGCCACACCCCAAACCCCAAGCCACCCAAUGCUUGGGGUGCCACGAGACCCAGACUUCAGCUCCAGCUCCCGGGGGCGACCCGCCGCUGGCCGAGCCAAGCUUGGGGCUGUCUGCAGAGCAGGUUAAGGGGGAUCCGGGUGGGAACUAG